AUGGCAUCAUAAUUAUUAGAAAGGUUGUUCCAAAAUAACCCUAAUUUGAAUGAGAUUUAAAGAGAUCGAGUCGCAGAAACCUUGCAAUACUUAGAGACGCAUAAAAUAUCGCUUUUAUUCGAAGAAUUAUUAUCUUAAUUAAUAUUUGAAAUGAGCAAUUAACCGAGAAAAACACUAUUGGAUACACUUAAAAAUCAUAAAACUUAGACUUUCUUUGACACUUCUGAUUAUGAAGUAAUUUUUGAACAUUUUGAUACAUUUAAUGAUAAAACUGUCAAGAUGAAUUCAAUCAGACAGGGAUUAUAGAUAAUUGGAAUUACAAAAUCGGAAGAGGAAAUAAAUCAAAAAUAUUAGGCUAUUUUAAAAAAAGGGUUUGUCAAUAAAAAUGAAUUUGUUGAUAUAAUGAUCAAUGAAUAUAGUUAAAGAUGA